UUUUACCUUACUCAAUCCAAACCAUCCAAUAAUAUAACGCCUGGAUAAAGCAUGGUCGUUAUUAUUUUCAAAUAAGUAUAUCAUUUUUCGAAACUAUACAACGUACAUGAACUACGUGAUCGCUGUUUUUUUUUCACGUAAAUAUAUAAAUUGAAUCAUUGUUUGUUUACGACGGAUUAUUUGUGUUGAGACUAAUAAUAAUGCUUCAAUCCGAGAAAAUUAUUUACGUUGAGGUGUGUCAGAAAAUUAACAGCACCUUGAGCAAAGAACGAAUAAAGGAAAUAACAAAAAACAAUCUUAAAGAGCACCAUCAUUUACCUGCAGGACAAAAUAUUUUAAUAACACCGGCACGGUCAAAAUUGUCGGAAGAAUUGAAAAAUCACGUCGAUUCUAUUAUCUGUACAACCAAUAAUGAAAGACAGGAAUCAGUGGAUAUCUUCAACAACACUGAUGUGUGUUGGAAAUUUUUUGUCUACAUGCUUUCUCAGGAAAAAGCAGCAACAGAGACGAUGCACCACGAUUCUGAGGAAUUGAGCGUUGCCUCUCAUAUCAUUUUACCUGCUAGUGAGUACGAAGGCCUCUGGGAAAGUCUGCAUUAUGAAAACAACAUAAAAAACAAUUUACUCAAUUUCUUAGAAACUGCGAUGACAUUCUCAGAAAAGAAUGUCAACCCGAACAUCAUUAGUUGGAACAAAGUAGUUUUGUUGCACGGACCCCCAGGCACAGGAAAAACAAGCUUGUGCAAAGCGUUGGCACAAAAAGCUGCUAUAAGACUCUGCGACAAAUAUUCAUACAUUCAAUUAAUCGAAAUCAACAGUCACAGUCUUUUUUCCAAAUGGUUCUCAGAGAGUGGAAAAUUGGUGAUGAAAUUAUUCGACGAAGUGCGACGUCUCCUAGAAAAUUCAAAAUCUUUAGUUUGCGUUUUGAUCGAUGAAGUUGAAUCUUUAGCGCACGCUCGUAAAUCCUGCGCAAACGGGACCGAACCUUCGGAUUCAAUACGUGUCGUCAAUGCUCUUUUGACACAGCUCGAUCAGAUAAAAAGUUAUCCAAAUGUAAUUAUAUUAACGACGAGCAACGUAACCGAGGCGAUUGAUCUGGCGUUCGUAGAUCGCGCUGACAUCAAACAGUUCAUUGGACAUCCUGGAAUUUCUGCUAUUUCUAUGAUUUAUCGAAGUUGUCUCAACGAAUUAGUGCGGACGGGUCUCGUGACAGGCGCAAAUUCAAGCGAUUCGAAGGACCUUGCAGACACAGAUGUCGAACUUGAAGAAACAUUACUACUGCACGACUUAUCCAUACAGAGUGUCGGUUUGAGUGGAAGAGCCUUAAGAAAAAUUCCAUUUCUUGCAAUAGCGAGGCACGUUCAAUCGAAUAAAUGUGAUAGUUUAACAUUCGUAAAAGCAUUGCAAUGCACGGUCACCGAUUACAAAAAUGAUAGUAAAAAAAUGAUAGAACCUGUUUUUUAGAGCAUUCUUCAUUCGUUGCAAGCAUUUUUGAAGAGAUUCUCCACGUACUGUUUGAUAACCUUCCACAAACUUGAAAUAUUCAACUAUUUCUAUAAUAAAAUUAUUUGAUGAUCAGCAAAGACAA